UUGCUUUGUACAUAGGUCUCACGCUCUUGACAUUCAAUUUGGGCUUAAGCAAGAAGAACAAAUUUGUAUUAGAAACAAUUUCUGGUAGUCGUGUUUUUUCCUUUGAAGGAUUGAGAUCGUGAUCUCAACUCUCAGAUCUGUUUAUGCAUCUGCUGUUACAUAUGGGCUGAGAUAUAUAUUUCAUGGGAGGUGCAGAGGAUGAUGAACCACUCUCAAAACGUGUGAAAGUAUCAUUUGGAGAAUCAGCUGAUCGUUCGAACGGGACAUUUCUUAGGGAUCCUGCAAGCUUCCCAUUGAGUGACUUGAUGGUUCGUCCUCUGGAAUUUCAAGGGGACGAUGAGAUUGUUGGUAGAAAAGGAAUAGUCAAGAAAGUUGAAUUAGUUCAGAUCAUAGCCGAGGCGUUAUAUUCUCUUGGCUAUAAGAAGGCGGGGGCGCAGCUAGAGGAAGAGUCAGGGAUACCUUUGCACCCCUCUUUAGUAAAUUUAUUUAUGCAGCAAAUCCUUGAUGGGAGAUGGGAUGAAAGUAUAGCCACGUUGCAUAAAAUUGGUCUUGUGGAUGAAAAAAUUGUGAAGUUGGCAUCUUUUAUGAUACUGGAGCAGAAGUUCUUUGAACUGUUAGACAGAGAAAAAGUCAUGGAUGCUUUGAAGACAUUGAGGACUGAAAUUGCACCUCUUUGCAUAAAUAGCGAUAGAGUCCGCAAUCUUUCGUUGUGCAUUCUAUCACCUUCACAACAGGUUGUCUCUGGGGAGUCAGGUCCAGAAAUAAUGAAAAUAAAAUUAAGGACAAAACUACUAGAAGAACUGCAAGGACUGUUUCCCACAACAGUCAUGCCUCCCGAAAAAAGAUUGAUCCAUCUGGUUGAACAGGGGCUUGAAUUUCAACUGGGGUCUUGUUCUCUUCACAACUCAUUAAUCAAUGACAUGUCGUUGCUCACUGAUCACCAUUGCGGAAUAGAUCAGAUUCCAUCUCAGACUUUGCAGAUUUUAGAAGGACACAAAGAUGAAGUCUGGUUUUUGGAGUUCUCUCAUAACGGGAAAUACCUAGCCUCGUCAUCUGCGGAUUGUUCAGUAAUUAUAUGGGAGGUGAAGUUGGAUGGAAGGUUAUGCUUGAAGCACAAAGUUCUUGGUCAUGAGGAACCUGUGUGCUUUAUAUCAUGGAGCCCUGAUGACAGUAAGCUUCUCACCUGUGGAGUGGAAGAGGUCGUUAGACUGUGGGAUGUAGACUCCGGUGAGUGUAGACAUCUUUAUGAGAAAAAUGGUCUUGGUUUGAUUUCGUGUGGAUGGGCUCCCGAUGGGGAAAGGAUAUUUUGCGCUGUUACUGACAAAAGCAUUAGCAUGUGGGAUCUUGAAGGGAAAGAGCUGCAGUGUUGGAAAGGCCAUCGGGUUACUAAAAUAGCUGAUUUGGGGAUAACAAGUGAUGGGAAACACAUGGUCUCUGUUUGUAAAGAUAAUGUGAUACUGUUAGUUGGAUUGGAAUCAAAAACAGAGCAAAUAAUUCUAGAGGAUGAAGUAAUAACUUCAUUUGUAUUGUCCGCAGACGGUAGAUACAUAUUGAUAAGUCUGUUGAAUCAAGAAAUCCAUCUUUGGAGUAUAGAUGGGAUUAUAAAACUCUUACACAUCUAUAAAGGCCAUAAGCAAAAACGCUUCAUCGUAAGGCCUUGCUUUGGUGGACUUCGUCAAGCUUUCAUCGCCAGUGGAAGUGAGGAUUCACAGGUAUAUAUAUGGCACAGAUGCUCACAACAACUCCUCGGGAAGUUAGCUGGACAUGCUGGGACUGUCAACUGUGUUAGUUGGAACCCAGCAAAUCCUCAUAUGCUGGCAUCAGGAGGUGAUGAUCGGACCAUUCGCAUAUGGGGCUUGAAUCCUGCAAACGUGAUGAAGCACAAUGACGAGGGAGCUGUAAGUAAUGGUGUGAACGACUGCAAUUGCAGAACGUGAAGUCUUGGAGGUGAAUGAGCGAGUGAGUCGUUACAAGAUUUCUCUCCAUAACCAGUUGCUUUCGAUGUAUAAUCUCUUGCAUCAUUAAGCUAAACAUUUGAGACAAACAAGAAUGUACAAUUUGCAUUCAGUCCAGAAAUAAAUGUUGAACUU